AUGUCGUCUCACAGCAACAGCAGUUCCUCAUCACCUCCACGAGUUCCUCCUCAUAUUCGUCUCAAUUCGGGUCAAGAAGACUUGCUCAACGCCGAUGCAAGCAGUUCCUCGAGGACUCUUGUCCCGACAAACUCUAGACCGACAACAGCCCGGUCACAAUUAAGCAACGUCUACCCUUCAGAUCAAGUCCAGGAUUCGGCUGAAAGACUACUACCACCAGUCACAGGCCGCUCAAACAGAUUCAAAGAUGACGGCGGCUCACCCCUAAGGUCCCCCGUUCGCUCGAGUUAUUCUUCUCGCCGAUCGAGCUGGGAGUCGGACCGGAGCAGGGAUAGCAGAGGCUUCGAAAAUCCGUUCAGGGAUCAAAGUCAAUCAAGACCAGGCUCAAGAGCCGGCAGUGACGACAACGACGUCAACACUCAAACGGUAUCAGAAAAAUAUAAUAUUCUGCCAUCUGCGGGACUUCUCCUAUUCCCAGAGGAUGUUGAAAAAGACGACUACCUCCAUAACCCUGAUCCCAAUGACAAGGACCGAGACUGUGAUAUUUUCAACAGAAGAGGCUUAGUCAAUGUUGGUGGUCUUGCCCUGAUUACGCUAGGAAUAUUGGUCCUUUUUGUGGGAUAUCCAGUUUUGUUCGUUCUCGUCCCUCAUUGUCAAGCCUUGGUCUAUGUGCUAAUGGGCUCGUUUAGGACCUUUGUUGAGAAGAUAACGUCGUCACCAAACCCCUGCGCAGACGGCAACUCUUGCAUAGGAAGUGGUAAGGUUCCAUUACUGAAGAAUAUUCGCACUAGUCUCAUCGAUCCCGACACGCCUGAAUCCGUCAAAACAAAGAAAGAUUAUCACGGAAAUACAUGGAAUUUGGUCUUCUCAGACGAGUUCUCCAAGCCAGGACGGACGUUCUAUGAAGGCGAUGACCCAUAUUGGACUGCAGUGGACAUCUGGUAUGGAGUGACGAGGGAUUUGGAGUGGUACGACCCCGAUGCUGCCACCACCAACGAUGGUGUGUUGGAAUUGCGCUUCGAUGCUUUUCAAAAUCAUGGCUUGAACUAUCGCUCAGGCAUGCUGCAGUCCUGGAAUCAGAUGUGUUUCAAAGGCGGCAGAUUGGAGGCCAGUAUCUCUCUCCCCGGUCGUGGUGAUACGGUCGGCUUCUGGCCCGGUUUUUGGUCUAUGGGCAACCUUGGAAGGCCUGGAUACGCUGCGACAACAGAUGGCUUGUGGCCCUACUCGUACGCAGACGUGUGCGACGCCGGUAUCACUGCGAACCAGAGCUCUCCCGAUGGCAUCAGCUACCUCCCAGGCAUGAGACUCCCAGCCUGCACAUGCUCUAACGAGGACCAUCCAACUCCUGGGAAAUCCCGAUCCGCCCCUGAGAUCGACGUGCUGGAAGCAAGCGUCGGCACUCUUGAUGCCGAGGGCAACCAAAUCGGUAUGGUCUCUCAGUCCUUUCAAGUGGCGCCCUUCGACAUCUGGUAUCAACCCAACUAUGACUUCGUGGAAGUCUUCGAUUUCUCGGUUACAGCCAUGAAUACAUACAAAGGUGGACCUUUCCAGCAAGCCGUUUCGGGAUUGUCCAAUCUCAACAAUGCGUGGUAUGACGGGAACGCUUAUCAAGUAUAUGCUUACGAAUACACCACGGGGAACGAUGGCGACAUCACCUGGUUUGUCGGCUCGGAGCCUGUCUGGCGUAUGGAAGCCCAGGCACUGGGUCCCAAUGGAAAUGUUGCUCAAAGAGUUAUUCCCGAAGAGCCAAUGUCGAUCAUUGUCAAUUUCGGUAUAUCACCUGGCUUCUCUUCGCUGAAUUUGACCGGAUUAGCGCCUCUGAUGCCAGCUACCAUGCGAGUUGAUUACAUCCGCAUCUAUCAGGACGACAACGGCGAAAUGAGCUGCGAUCCUGAGGGAUACGAGACGACCGAGUAUAUCAACAAUCACUACGAGGUGUAUCACAACCCGAAUAUCACGACUUGGGCCGAUACCGGCUACGGAUGGCCAAAGAACUCGCUGGUGAAUGGAUGUUAA